UUCUCUUUCUCUCUUUUGCAGGCAUGGUUCAGAAGCUUGAUCAGAAACUGCCUGUAGCCAACGAGUAUCUGCUGCUUUCAGGUGGUGUGCGGGAAGGUGUGGUGGACAUUGAUCUUGAUGAGCUGAAUGUUUAUGCACGAGGCACAGACUAUGACAUGGACUUCACCCUGCUUGUGCCUGCACUGAAGCUGCAUGACCGAAACCAGCCAGUCACACUGGACAUGCGCCACUCGGCGUUGUGCCACUCCUGGCUGAGCCUGCGUCUGUUUGAUGAAGGAACUAUCAGCAAAUGGAAAGACUGCUGCACGAUCGUGGACCAUAUCAACGGAGCUACCAAUUACUUCUUCUCUCCAACAAAAGUUGCAGACUGGUUCUAUGACUCCAUUAGCAUUGUCCUCUCUGAGAUCCAGAAAAAGCCCCAGCGAGGGAUGCCAAAAGUGGAGAAGGUAGAAAAGAAUGGGACUAUCAUAUCCAUCAUUUUGGGAGUGGGCAGCAGCCGCAUGCUGUACGACAUUGUCCCUGUGGUGUCCUUCAAAGGCUGGCCAGCUGUGGCCCAGAGCUGGCUGAUGGAGAACCACUUCUGGGAUGGCAAGAUCACAGAGGAGGAAGUUAUAAGUGGGUUUUACUUAGUGCCUGCAUGUUCCUACAAGGGGAAGAAGGACAAUGAAUGGAGGCUGUCAUUCGCCAGAAGUGAAGUGCAGCUGAAAAAGUGCAUCUCCAGCAGCCUCAUGCAAGCCUAUCAGGCCUGCAAAGCUAUCAUCAUCAAAUUGCUGUCCCGCCCCAAAGCCAUUAGUCCAUAUCACUUGCGGAGCAUGAUGCUGUGGGCUUGCGACAGGCUACCAGCCAACUACUUGGCCCAGGAGGAUUACGCAGCCCAUUUCCUCCUGGGUCUCAUUGAUGAUCUCCAGCACUGCUUGGUCAACAAGAUGUGCCCUAACUAUUUCAUCCCCCAAUGCAACAUGCUGGAGCACCUCUCUGAAGAAACCGUCAUGCUGCACGCGCGGAAGCUGUCUUCAGUCCGCUCAGACCCUGCCGAACACCUUCGAACUGCCAUUGAACAUGUCAAAGCAGCCAACCGGCUGACGCUAGAGCUCCAACGGCGGGGCAGCACCACCAGCAUCCCCUCCCCUCAGUCAGAUGGAGGGGACACCAACCAGCCUGAUGACCGAUUAGCCAAAAAGUUGCAACAGCUAGUGACUGAGAACCCUGGGAAGUCCAUCUCUGUCUUCAUUAACCCAGAUGAUGUCACGAGGCCCCACUUCAGAAUUGAUGAUAAAUUUUUCUGAGAUUUCGUCAAUGUUUCUUUGGAUUUUUUCUUUUGCUUUGUUUUUAAAACCUCUUACAGUGUGCAAGUUUUUUCAUUUCAUUUUCCUUGAUGACUUAGUCUCUUGUUUUUUACAUACCCAGCGUAGAUUGGAUCCGUUGAGAACAAUCUGAAUAAAUUAUAAUUCCUGGUUCUGCAGGACGGUGCAGAUUUUGAAACAGUACAUUACUAUUUCAUAUGCUGCUUUGAUUUUUUUCACCUACCCAGCCCUAUUGUCUGUGAAUAGUUUCUAAAGGAUAACAUGCACCAUAAACACACAUACCACGGUGUAAUGUAGAAUUUUUUUUUUACAAGCUUCCAUCAUUUAUGUACGUUUUUGGGCCUGGGGAAGGGAGAACUCACCUUCCGUUGCUUUGGAAAUUCACUUCUUUUUCCACGAGCUUCCAUCACCCCAAAGAAAAGAGGAGAGACUCUGGGUUGGAAAGCACUACUGGUAAUUUGACAAGGCCAAAUCUGCUGGGCUGAAACCCAGUUCAUCUGUUCUUCACACUUCUCACACUAGGAGAGAAAAUUGACU